CAGGUACUUAUUAUGACGUCAGCAAGGUAGACCGGCGCGAGGUGGCUUUUGCUCUGGCACGGACGGGAGAGACGUGCUCGAGAGUUUCUAAUACUCUUCCGGAAGCUCGCUGUGUAAACAGUGAGACUGUCAGUAAGGGAAAUCGAGCUGUCAUCCAGUGGAUCCACCCAGCCAGAGGACAAGAGUACACUGCCAUACAAAACAACUACUGAUAGAUUAACACGGGUGUGCUUCCAUUGCACGACCAGUGCAUUUAAAACUAAAGGUAUCUGCUGUAUGUAUAAUGAGUUCCAGAGGUAAAAGAGGUGAAGCCUGCCGCAUCUGUGGAGGUGACCUGCAGGGUAACCAGCGGCGAUGGUUGUACGCGGCUCAGAACCGGAAAGGGGCACAGCCUCAAACCCCAACAGACUUUUCCAAGACGGGAAGCCUGCCCAGAUCUGUGCAGAGCAGCCCAUGGGGCAGCACAUUUUCUCUGGGUUCCUCUCGGUCACUUUCCAAAUCUCAAUCUGUGCUCACCCCUACAAAAGGAAUAGACCUGCUCUGUGUGCUGACUCACAUAUUGGAGCAGCCUGUACCACGUGGGGACGGAGAGGGGGAGUUUAUAUGUGGCAAGUGUGUGUCUGUGUUGGAGCGAGUUUUUAAGUUCGACACUGUCAUCGCACGAGUCCGAGCUCUGUCAAAUGAGAGACUCCAGAGGCUUACUCAGGAAAGGGAUAAAAUCAGGCGAUGGGUCCGAAGCUUGUUUUACCACUGGCACUUUCCUAAUUCCAGGGGUAUGGGAAGCUCCAGUGAGGAGGAAGGGGAACCGGGAAGACAACUCAGGGAUUAUUCCGCAGGGGAUGGAUAUCGAGAAAUGCUGCGGGAUAAUAUGGCUCUCUCUGAGUAUGAGUGGUGGGCAGAGAAAGCCCAGUCAUGUUCCCACUAUAAGAGAACGGGAAAACGGUGCCAUAAGGACAAGCAAUGCGAGUGUUGCGACUCUCUGAGAGUGUCAGACUCCGAUUACGAAUCGGUUUGCGGCAUUCCCCGUAAUCUGCCAGAGCAAGCUUUUGCCUCGUUGGGUCUCUCUCGGGAUAAAUCCCGCAGCAUGCCUCUUAAUUGGUCGAAAGUGCCGUCUGACAGUUCAAGCCCCACCUCGCGGUCUGGUUCCUGUCAUUCUUUACAAUCCCGAUCCCGUACUGCCUCUGUCCAUUCAGCAGACUCUUUGGAUGGCAAUGAUCCGUUUGAUUGGCCAGCGGAUCAGACGGUCAUCCUGGACUCCAUUUUUAAAGAAUUGAGGGGAAUUGAAGGCAAGCCAGUGAGCUCACCAGCUGGAAGUCGCAUUCCUGUGUUGGACAGAGGGGAAAUGCAGAAUGGGAAAGCCGAAGUAGGAGAGAAAGCGGGGUUAGUCAGGAUACUGAAUUUUGGAGAGCAGGAUAACGGGAUGGAGGUUGAGUUUGAAGAUGAGAGCGAGGAUGUGCUGACUGAACUAAGAGACGAGUUUCUGCCAUUGCAAAGAGAGGUGUCUGCAGGUAGGGUUCACCUGGCUGUGAAGCAGUUGCGUGAGCAGCUGGUUCAGGCUCAGUCUCGCAUCAGAACUCUGGAGGCGCAGCUCGGGAACGUGGACAAACCAGUAACAAGCGUUCCUGUCAAUCAACCUAAGACUCUUUCACAGGCCAAUCUAAAGACCACGAACAAAAAUGACCUGAUCGACAAUCUUAGCCAAUCACUGCACAGCAGAGAGAAUGUAAUCCAGGAAUGUGUGACACUGAUCCAAAAGCUGUGUGUUGAGCAUGGGGUGGAGUCCAACGAGAUGGGCAAACUCAUUGCAAAACUGACCAAUACCGUCAAUGAUAAACAAAACGAGAAUGAGUCUGUACUGGAGGCCCAGCUGUCCGAGGCAAAGGAGAAAGAGAAAGCGCUGGAAAAACAACUACAAGCUCUCCGAGACGCUGGGAGAGAGAGAGACCGAGACCUGAUCACACUUAACACAGUGCUCCAGUGUAACCAGGAUGUUAUAAAUCACCUGCGUGUAGAGCUGACAGAGCGAGAUCGAACCCAACAGGAAAUGAUGCAGGAGUGGGAGGUGUGGAAAGAGAGAGAUUCAGCCCUGACUGCACUUGUGCAAGACAACGAAGCGUUUAUUUCCCAACUUAAGGGGGCGCUGGAGAGUUCACGCAGGGAUGUGCAGGCACUCUCAGACUCCCUGAUUGGCCGGGGAUUGGAAGGGGGCGGGGCUGAGGGUGGAUUGGUAAAUCAACUGCAAGAAAAGGAAUCUCUCCUGGAAGCCAGCUUCAGAGAUAGAGAAGAGCUUGGCGCCACCUUGAGGAAGGAAAUCUCAAGACUUAUGACAGCCUUGAAGGACUCUGAAACAUUCAUACAGGACCAAAGAGAAAGUCACAAACAAGCCAUCACUGAACUGUCAGAGGAACUCAAGAACGUCCUCAAGGAACUAAGAGACAAAACCAAAGAGAAGAAGGAGGCUGAACUGAUUCAGACGAAGGAAAAUAAGGAGAGAGAAGGAAAACUAAUAGAGAAUCUUCAGAAGAGGGAUAAACUCAUUGAGCAAGUUCUUCUGGAGUUAGAGGAGCGGGACGGUGUGCUUACAGAGCUUCAGCAAAACAUCUCAAACAGGCUUAGACCAAAGAUGGACAUCAAACAUACACUGUGAGUGUGUUUGUGUCACUACUUUUGAAAGACACAGACGCAUUUAAUAAAUACACAUUGAAAAUGUUGAUUGACUGUCAAGCUUUGAUUUGCAUAAUUUAUUGGUAACAGCAGUGCAAUCUUUACUGUACAAAUAAUAAUUAUUAGACUGUUAAAUAAAUUAAAAUCUCCAGUCUACAGCUCGCAAUCCAUUUUUGAAGAAAAAAUAAUGAUGCUCAAGUGAAGGAUAUUGAUUGCAUUGCACUUCUGCAGGGUUUUAUGUUGGUCUGUAGUACAGGUUUUUUGUAUGCAAAUGUCAUUCCAUUAGUGUCAUGGUUGUUUCUGCUAUCGGGUUGCUCUGCUGAAGUUUUGAGAUGGAUGUGGGUAUGUAAUGAAAUAUUAUUUAAGUUCAUGACCAUUACACUUGAUAGUAGCCAUAAAUCUGUUUUGAUUCCCCCUUGCACUUUUUAAGGAUGAUGCCAAAAUGUACACAUCUGCACAUGCCUAGACAAA